UCACUGACGUGAAUAGUCUGGGCCCUGAUGACCUGCUCUGAGUCCACUCGCACCCAGUGACACUUGCAAAAAAAACUCCCAAAACCAUCUUGGGUUUGGCUUCCAUAGCUCUUGACCAAUGUGGCCCAAGCCAGACGCCUCCUUGGGACGCUUGGAUUAUUCGUAAAUGCAGCCUGCCCCGACCUUCCCUGAAUAGCAUCUGAAGUCCCGUGGAGGUCAUGGAUCCUGAACAAAGUGUCAAGGGCACCAAGAAGGCUGAGGGAAGUCCCCGGAAGCGGCUGACCAAAGGAGAGGCCAUUCAGACCAGUGUCUCAUCCAGCGCCCCGUACCCAGGCAGCAGCACGGCUGCCACCCAAGAGGGCCCCUUCCAAGAGCUCCUAGCCCCACAGCCCUUCCCAGGCCCCUCAUCGGUUCUUAGGGAAGGCUCUCAGGAGAAAACAGGCCAGCCGCAGACGCCCCCCAAGAGGUCCUCCAUCGAAGCCUCGGUCCACAUCUCGCAGAUUCCGCAGCACCCUCUGACACCAGCAUUCAUGUCGCCCGGCAAACCCGAGCAUCUCCUGGAGGGGUCCACGUGGCAGCUGGUUGACCCCAUGAGACCCGGACCCUCAGGCUCUUUCGUGAGCCCUGGGCUCCAUCCUCAGAGCCAGCUCCUCCCUUCCCAUGCUUCCAUCAUUCCUCCCGAGGACCUGCCUGGCAUCCCCAAAGUCUUCGUGCCCCGUCCCUCACAGGUCUCCUUGAAGCCCACAGAAGAGGCACACAAGAAGGAGAGGAAACCACAGAAGCCGGGCAAGUACAUAUGCCAAUACUGCAGCCGGCCCUGUGCCAAGCCCAGCGUGCUCCAGAAACACAUCCGCUCGCACACGGGUGAGAGGCCCUACCCCUGUGGCCCCUGCGGCUUCUCCUUCAAGACCAAGAGUAACCUCUACAAGCACAGGAAGUCCCACGCCCACCGCAUCAAAGCCGGCCUGGCCUCGGGAAUGGGCGGAGAGAUGUACCCCCCAGGGCUGGAGAUGGAGAGGAUCCCUGGGGAAGAGUUUGAGGAACCCACUGAGGGGGAAAGCACAGAUUCGGAAGAGGAAACGGGCAGCACGUCCACUCACCCCGCAGAGCUGUCCCCGAGGCCCAAGCACCCCCUCCUGUCCAGCGGUUUGUACAGCUCUGGGAGCCAGGGUUCCAGCCACGAACGCUGUUCCUUGUCCCAGUCCAGCUCAGCCCCAUCGCUCGAGGACCCUGCUCCCUUCGCAGAAGCCUCAUCCGAACACCCCCUGAGCCAUAAGCCCGAAGACACCCACACGAUAAAGCAGAAGCUGGCCCUCCGCUUGAGCGAGAGGAAGAAGGUGAUCGACGAGCAGGCGUUCCUGAGCCCGGGCAGCAAAGGGAGCACCGAAUCUGGGUAUUUCUCACGCUCCGAGAGCGCCGAGCAGCAGGUCAGCCCCCCAAACACCAACGCCAGGUCCUACGCCGAGAUCAUCUUCGGCAAGUGCGGACGGAUCGGGCAGCGGACCGCCAUGCUGACGGCCACCUCCACCCAGCCCCUCCUGCCCCUGCCCACCGAAGACAAGCCCAGCCUGGUGCCUCUGUCUGUGCCCCGGACGCAGGUGAUCGAGCACAUCACCAAACUCAUCACCAUCAACGAGGCCGUGGUGGACACCAGCGAGAUAGACAGCGUGAAGCCGAGGAGGAGCUCCCUGUCACGGCGGAGCAGCAUGGAGUCGCCCAAGUCCAGCCUCUACCGGGAGCCCCUGUCCUCCCACGGCGAGAAAACGAAGCCCGAACAAUCACUGCUGAGCCUCCAGCACCCGCCCAGCACCACCCCCCCUGUGCCUCUGCUGAGAAGCCACUCAAUGCCUUCUGCCACCUGCACCCUCAGUACCCCCCCACACACCUUCCGAGGCAGCUACUCCUUCGACGACCACGUCGCCGACUCGGAAGCCCUGAGCCGCAGCAGUCAACUGUUUACCUCCCACCCCCGGAUGCUCAAGCGUCAGCCGGCCAUCGAACUACCUUUGGGCGGGGAGUACAGUUCCGAGGAGGCGGGGCCGAGCAGCAAAGAGGCAGCCUCCAAACCCGCAGAUGAACCGGAACCCAGGGAAAGCGACCUCACCAAAAAGACCAAGAAGGGUUUGAAAACGAAAGGGGUGAUCUAUGAAUGUAACAUAUGUGGUGCUCGGUACAAGAAAAGGGACAACUACGAAGCGCAUAAAAAGUACUACUGCUCGGAGCUUCAGAUGGCAAAGCCCGUCACCGCAGGUGCUCACGCGUCUCCGGAAGCCGAAAAGAGCCAGGCGGAGCACGAGCCCUGGUCCCAGAUGAUGCAUUACAAACUGGGGACCACCUUGGAGCUCACUCCACUGAGGAAGAGGAGGAAAGAGAAGAGCCUCGGGGACGAGGAGGAGCCGCCCGCCUUUGAGUCCACAGAGAGUCAGUUCAGCAGCCCCGGGCCAUCUGAGGCUGCUCGGAACCUUCCCUUGGAAUCCACCAAGUCACCAGCAGAGCCGAGUAAGGCAGUGCCCUCCCUGGAGGGAUCCGCCGGCUUCCAGCCAAGGACACCCAAGCCAGGGUCCAGUUCAGAAUCAGGGAAGGAGAGGAGAACCACGUCCAAAGAAAUUUCUGUCAUCCAGCACACCAGCUCCUUCGAGAAAUCCGACUCUCUGGAGCAGCCCAGCGGCUUGGAAGGGGAAGACAGGUCUGCGGCCCCGUUCUCAUCACCCCCGCCCACCCCGCAUGGACGCUCGGCUCACUCCCUGCAGCCCAGGUUGGUCCGUCAGCCCAACAUUCAGGUUCCCGAGAUCCUGGUGACUGAGGAGCCCAGCCGUCCAGACACAGAGCCGGAGCCGCCCCCUAAGGAGCCCGAGAAGACGGAGGAGUUCCAGUGGCCCCAGCGCAGCCAGACACUUGCCCAGCUCCCAGCAGAGAAGCUGCCACCCAAGAAGAAGAGACUGCGCCUGGCGGAAAUGGCCCAGUCAUCCGGGGAGUCCAGCUUCGAGUCCUCCAUGCCUCUGUCUCGCAGCCCGAGCCAGGAGAGCAGUGUCUCUCUGAGCGGGUCCAGCCGCUCCGCCUCCUUCGAGAGGGACGACCACGGAAAAGCCGAGGCUGCCGGGCCCUCGUCCGACACACGCUCCAAACCCUUGGGCACCCACAUGCUAACUGUCCCCAGCCACCACCCGCACACCCGCGAGAUGCGGAGGUCAGCCUCAGAGCAGAGCCCCAAUGUUUCCCACUCCACCCAUAUGACCGAGACACGCAGCAAAUCCUUCGACUACGGCAGCUUGUCCUUGACAGGCCCUUCUGCACCAGCCCCAGCAGUUCCAGUGGCCCCAGCGGCCUCAGCAGCCCCAGCAGAGAGAAGAAAAUGCUUUUUGGUGAGACAGGCCUCUCUGAGCAGGCCUCCCGAAACCGAACCAGAGGCCACCCACAAGGGAAGACAGGAGAGUGAGGAACCAAAGCCCUCAUCCAGUAAAUCUUUGGCCAAAAGCCCAUUGCCCCCGAUUUCCUCUGCAGCCACCUCACACAGCGGGCACCCGGGAGGCAAGAGCCAGGUGCAGGACAGACCCGCGCUCGGGGCCACUCCACCCUACACAGAAGCACUGCAGGUGUUCCCCCACCCCAUUGCUCAGCUCCCCUUGCAGGAGAAGCCGUACCUGCCCCCGCCCGUCUCCCUUUUCUCCUUCCAGCACCUCCUACAGCAUGAGCCAGGGCAGUCUUCAGAGUUCUUCUCCACCCAGGCCAUGUCCAGCCUGCUCUCCACACCGUACUCCAUGCCCCCGCUUCCUCCCUCCUUAUUUCAAGCCCCCCCGCUUCCUCUGCAACCGACUGUUCUGCACCCAGGCCAACUCCACCUCCCCCAGCUCAUGCCUCACCCAGCCAACAUCCCCUUCCGGCAGCCCCCUUCGUUUCUCCCCAUGCCUUACCCUGCCUCCUCAGCACUUUCUUCUGGGUUUUUCCUGCCUCUGCAAUCCCAGUUCGCCCUUCAGCUCCCUGGUGAUGUGGAAAGCCAUGUACCCCAGAUCAAAACCAGCCUGGCCACACUGGCAACAGGAACCCCUGGCCUCUCCCCAAGCACAGAGUACAGCAGUGACAUCCAGCUGCCCCCCGUGGCUCUCCCAUCCAGCUGCUCAGCACCCACGUCAGCCCCUCCGCUGGCCCUGCCUGCCUGUCCAGACACCAUGGUGUCUCUGGUUGUGCCUGUCCGCAUCCAGACCAACAUGCCGUCCUAUGGGAGUGCCAUGUACACCACUCUUUCCCAGAUCCUGGUCACCCAGUCCCAGGGCAGCUCAGCAACUGUGGCUCUUCCCAAGUUUGAGGAGCCCUCAUGCAAGGGGACGAUUGUGUGUGGGGCAGAUGUGUACGAGGUUGGGCCCAGACCGGCUGGGGUAAGUGAAGAGCAAAGCAGAGGUUUCCCGACUCCAUACCUGAGAGUGCCUGUGACAUUACCUGAAAGAAAAGGCACUUCCCUGUCAUCAGAGAGUGUCUUGAGCCUGGAGGGGAGUUCAUCAACAGUGGGGGGAAGCAAACGUGUCCUUUCACCAGCUGGCAGCCUUGAACUUACCAUGGAAACCCAGCAGCAAAAAAGAGUAAAGGAAGAGGAGGCUUCCAAGGCAGAUGAAAAACUCGAGCUGGUGAAACCGUGCAGUGUGGUGCUUAGCAGCACUGAGGAUAGCAGGAGACUAGAGAAGUCCCACUUGGGCAGCCUGGACCAGGGCAGGAGGGAAGUAGAAACACUGUCCAGCCUGUCCUCAGAUCCAUCCGACCCAAAGGAAAUUCCUCCCCUUCCUCAGCCCUCAUUGCCCCGUGUGACAACCCCGGGCUCAGAGGCUUUGAAGGAAUAUGCCCAGCCGUCUGGUAAACCUCACCGAAGAGGGUUGCUCCCACUGAGUGUGAAGAAAGAAGAUUCCAAGGAACAACCUGACCUCCCUCCACUGGCACCUCUUAGCUCACAGCCUCUGUCAGAAACGUCCCCCAGGCCAGCCAAGUUGCAAGAAGGUACGGACUCAAAGAAGGUACUGCAGUUCCCCAGCCUCCACACGACCACUAAUGUCAGUUGGUGCUAUUUAAACUACAUUAAGCCAAAUCACAUCCAGCAUGCAGAUAGGAGGUCCUCUGUUUACGCUGGUUGGUGCAUAAGUUUGUACAACCCCAACCUUCCGGGGGUUUCCACUAAAGCUGCUUUGUCCCUCCUGAGGUCUAAGCAGAAGGUGAGCAAAGAGACAUACACCAUGGCCACAGCUCCGCAUCCUGAGACAGGAAGGCUUGUGCCAUCCAGCUCCCGCAAGCCCCGCAUGACAGAGGUUCGCCUCCCUUCGCUGGUUUCCCCGGAAGGCCAGAAAGAGAUAGCUAGAGUGGAGAAGGAAGAGGAGAAGCGAGGGAAGCCAGAGGAGGACGCUCCUGCCUCCAAGAGAGGGGAGCCGGCGAGGAUCAAAAUCUUCGAAGGAGGGUACAAAUCAAACGAAGAGUAUGUAUAUGUGCGAGGCCGCGGCCGAGGGAAAUAUGUUUGUGAGGAGUGUGGAAUUCGCUGCAAGAAGCCCAGCAUGCUGAAGAAACACAUCCGCACCCACACUGACGUCCGGCCCUAUGUGUGCAAGCACUGUCACUUUGCUUUUAAAACCAAAGGGAAUCUGACUAAGCAUAUGAAGUCGAAGGCCCACAGCAAAAAGUGCCAAGAGACGGGGGUGCUGGAGGAGCUGGAAGCCGAAGAAGAAACAAGCGAUGACCCGUUCCAGGACUCGGAAGGGCGAGAGGGCACGGAGGCCGUGGCGGAGCACCAGUUUUCAGACCUGGACGACUCGGACUCAGACUCGGACCUGGACGAAGAUGAGGAUGAGGACGAGGAGGAGAGCCAGGACGAGCCAUCAGGACCGUCCUCGGAGGCACCCCCGCCCGGCCCGCCAGCCACGCUGCCGGCAGACUCCUCACCUGUUCAGGGCCCCCAGCCCCCAGAUGCCACCUCUGGCAGCCAGGCCACCAGGAGCAGCUCAGUCUCAGAAGCCGAGCGCUUGGCAGCCGGCAGCUGCUCCGUGUCCAGCCAAAGCAUCCUGUGCCUCCCCCGGCUGGGACCGGCCCCACCGGGCCCCAUGGAGAAGGACACAGGCUCGGCCCUGAGCUCCAAGGCCGUGUCCCCAAGAAGGCCAUGGUCCCCGAGCAAAGAAGCAGGCAGCCGCCCACCACUCGCCCAAAAACACUCACUAACCAAAAGCGACUCGUCUCCCCAGCGACAUUCACCGGCCCGAGAGCCACUGGCCUCGGCCCCGAGCCCACCUGGCCCCCAGACAGGCCCUCUCCCCCGUGGGUCUCCGAGACUCGAGCUGUCUCCUCUCAGCCCCCACCCCCUGGGUAGGGAACUGCCCCCCGAAUGUGAGGGCGCCACAGACCCAGGCCCGCACAGACACUCGCCCACGAGGAGAUGGUCUCCAGGCCAGGCCGAGUCACCGCCACAGUCAGCGCUGCCAGGGAAGUGGGCCUUGGUGGGGCCGGGCAGCCCCUCGGCGGGCGAGCGUGGCCCAGGCUCAGGGCUGGCCCCAAGGGCUCUCUACCCACCCGCGCCUCUACCUCACAAGCUUCUCGGCAGAAGCCCAGCGGAGACCUGCACCUCCACGUGGCAGAAGGCCGAGUCGCCAAGUCCCUCCUGUUCACCUGGCCCUGCUCAUCCUCUCUUCUCCCGACCCUUCUCCGCCCCCCAUGACUUCCACGGCCACACCCCGGCCCGGACAGAGGAGAACAUCUUCAGCCACCUGCCUCUGCACUCCCAGCACUUGACCCGCGCCCCGUGCCCCCUGAUUCCCAUCGGCGGGAUCCAGAUGGUACAGGCCCGGCCGGGGGCCCACCCCACCCUGCUCCCCGGGCCCAGCAUGGCCUGGGUCAGCGGCUUCUCAGGGGGUGGCAGCGACCUGACAGGGGCCCGGGAGGCCCAGGAGAGAGCCCGCUGGAGUCCUACCGAGAGCUCAUCGGCCUCCGUGUCCCCCGUGGCUAAGGUCUCCAAAUUCACACUCUCCUCGGAGCUGGAGGCCAGGGACUACCCCAAGGAGAGGGGGAGGACGAGCAGGGGCCUGGGCAGACCUCCCGACUGGGAGCCCCGCGCAGCCGAGGUGCCCGCAGAGCCCGUGCCCACGCACAGUCCCCGCACCCCACCCGAGGCCUCGCCCCGGCCACCCCAGGGCCGCCGGGCAGGGUCCCGGAGCCCCCGCCUGGAGUCACCGCGUGCGCUGGCCAGCCCCUCGGCCUCCGCCACCCCGCCGCUGGACCGCAGCAGUUCCGUGGGCUGCCUGGCCGAGGCCUCCGCUCGCUUCCCAGCCCGGAGGAGGAACCUCUCCGGGGAACCCAGGACCAGUCAGGGCUCCCCCGAGCCCUCGGGAAGUGGGGGGCCCGGGGCACCUCCACACCAGCCCGAGGACCGGGGGCCCCGGAGCACUUAGCCUCUCCCCGACCGCUUCAGCAUCUGGCUUCCGGUGUUUGGCAACAGACGUUUCCAGCCGACUUCCUCGAAUCAUCUUGCUGUCACGGGCUCCCUGUCCCAUCUGUUGUUCUGUCCAAGAAGCUUCUGCUCAGCCCCCGUCUGUCUUAUCUUCCCACCAUGUAUGCAGUUACCUGUGCCUUUUUCUGUGACCUUUUGUUGCUUGAAAAGAUACAAACAACACACACACACACACACACACACAAACAUUAAAAAACCCCACGAGGUAUUUGAGGCUGUGAAUAUUUAGGUGGGGGCUUCACCUUGGGCCACUGUGGUCAGCAGCCACUCCCCAAGGCUGGCAAGAGGCGGUCAGUUGCUAAGAGAAAGGGGAAUGCACUGAAGCAGAGAGAGAGAUAAAAAAAAAAAAAACUUUAAAAAAUAUAUAAUUAAAUGUAAAAGCAAGCACUCCUAUGUACAGUUGUUUAUGGUUCCUAUUUAUUGCUGCUUUAUCCCACCCCAGCUAGUGGCCUCCCCCGGCUGCCAGCAGAAGGGCCAGCAGCCCGAGGCAGAGGGACAGGCAGGGAGACUCCACGGACAGGCCCAGAAAACUCCGACUUUCUUUUUCCUAGGACUUCAACACAAAAUAUUUGGAACGGGUAGAAGGAAGGAGCUGGUUGGUUCCCCAGGACUCCCAGACGUCCAGGUGGUCUGCGUCAUGAUCCCAUCCUGGCAUUUGACCGGUAGACAAAUCCCCUUCUGCCCCAGCACCUCUGUUCCUUACCCACACCCUCAACCUCUGGGCUGGGAAGGGAGUCCUGACCAUCCAUCUCCUGAUUCCUGGCUUUGCUCUCAGGGCCCCAGCCACUGGCUGCCGUCCUUGUUCUAGAAACUACCCACAAGGCUGAAGUGACAGGGCCCAACCCCUGGGGGUCAAGAUCCAAGGUGCGUUGCCUUGCCAUUCCUGAGGCCAGGCUUGGGCUUCAUUUUACAUUUGGUCCCUGGGGUACAAAGGGCCCUAUUUCCUCCAUGGCUGGGCUUUUCCAGUGCUCAGCACUGGAAGUUUGCAAGGACUCAUUUCUGGACCACUUUGCAGCAGGACUGGUCCCCCUAUCCCUGUCCCACACACCGUCAGGACUCCACUACCCCCAGGAAGUACCCAAAACCAUGACUGGUGGGAACUGCCCAGGCCUCCUAUUGGUUGGCUUAAAUCUCUUUUAAAAAAUAAAAUUAAAUAUAUAUAUAUAAACCUGGAAAGACAAUGGUGUUUGAUAUUUCCCCUAGCCUCCUAUUGUCCAAGGUCAUUUGAAUUCUUCUCCAAAGCAAUCAGUAAUAGCUAGUGCCUCUUUCCUCAUCCCCAUCUCCUCCUUUACGAAGCUGCCCUGUGUUUCCUGGUGCAAAAGCCUGCUUUGUUAAAAAAAAAAAAAAAGAGAAAUUAAAAUCCCAAGUUGAAAUAUGGAACUUGAACUCUAGCAUGUUUACCCAGCCCUGGGAUGGGUGGGGUUUUCCACAAUAUCCAGAAAUCAUUUUCUUUAGUUACUACCAGGGGGAGAAAGCACAGGGACCACGGUCAUGGCCCAGCCAGGCUAGGUGCUAACGCUGCAGAGCAGAGACCUCCUUGUCCAGUCCCCAUUCCUCAGGCAGGCUGCAUGAAUCGUGUGGCCAUAAGGGGCUCCUGAGCUGUUGUUUAGACAGGACACCAUAAGGUGCAUAGGGCUGGGGCACUUCUGUGAGCUCCCCGCCCUCCGGCAUAAUUCCCUCUUCUGCCCGUUCAGGACCUUUCCCUGCUUGGCCUCUGCUGCCAGGACAAACCAGCCACAGGUCAGCCUCCAGCCAGACCACCUAGUUCAUUUCCCUUUGGCUAAGACAAAAAAGGGGACAACAAGGUAGGGCCUACCUGGGGGUCUGCUGGCUCCAGGGUACAGGGGGUGAGGUUAGCCAGCACUUCCUGGCUGUCUGACCCAGAGUCUGGGGCUCCCGGCCCCCCUGGAAGAAGGCCAACGAGCCCAGCCUUGGCUGUACUGGCACUGGUCAGGCCUGGCAGGAGGUGGGAAGGAGCCUGAGCCCCAGUCACAGCCUAGGCCAGAGGCCAGGGCUUUCCUCAUCAUUACCUUCCGGCCCCACCCCAGGGGGCUGCCCAAGGACUGGAGACUUCAAGCACUGAGGCCUGGGAGCUGGAUAAAGGGCAUUGCUUCAGCCCAGGCUUGAAAUAUUCCUGGGCCAGAUCUUCCAGCCCCAGACCUACAAAGCAGCAGACUGAGCUCUGCUAGACUAGCCCGUGACCUUGGGGGUGGCCGGGCCCCUCCCCCAAGCCCUGUGCCCCAGCUCUCCUGGGCAUCAUUCCCCCUGUAUUCAGACAGCCCAGCUGCCAAGGUUUCCUUCCUGGAGGCCUAGUCAUGGCCGGUGUGGCCAGCAGGCGAGAAUCCUCACGGCCACUCGGGCUCACAGGCACAGGCAGAGGGGAUGGGGGCCAGGAGUCACUGGAGAGCCAUUUCUCAAUGACAGAGACACACUGUGCAAGCAAUCUGGCCAAAGGGCUACUGCCCCACACAGGUGCCUAGAGAAAUGGAAUUGAUGCCACCAGCCCUGGCCGUGUGUCACUGAGCAUGGCUCUAAGCCCCUCUGCCAGCCUCUCUUCCGGCUCCCCCAAGCACAGAGCUCCCAGCCCACACACCCACCCUCAUAAUGUAGAAAAGACUCUCACUCCACACUCUCUCCCACCCCCCACCCCGGGACCCACUGCCCUGCUCCCACCCACUUGCACAUUUACAGCUUGCCUGUGACCCUGUUGUCCCUGUUAAGGGACAUGGUAGAGAAAGCAGUGCUGAUUUGUUGGCACGGACACCUGUCAUGUGCUCUGCUGAAAUGUGCCGGAUGGCCAUUCCUUGGUACAGGCCUGCUGUGGUCCUCAGGUGUCGGCAGGGUUGGGGGGUGUGGGCCAACUUGCUGAGGUUUCAGAGCCAGCUUGGGGAUUCCAAGCCACCUGCCCCCCAGGGCUCCCCUCCAGGAUGCCCUUCACCCUCAGCAAGCUCAGGGCCAUUUUGGGUACUAACCUUGCUCCUCUCCAAGGCGCCUUUUUACAAGCCUACACCCCCUCCCCCCGCCAAAGCCCCGACCACUGCGACCCUCCAGGAGGCUGACAGCAGUGAACUUCCCACUCUCCCACCUGCAUCAACUCCAACUUCCAGACCCAGCAGUCCCUCCUCGAAAAAGUCUGAAAGAAUUAGUUUCCAGACCCCUCUAACUCCUGCUCCAUUCUCACCCGGCCCUUUUGAAUAGGAACAAGCAAGAUAACAGAGGUGAAUUGCUCUCUAGUCCUUUCUCCAGGCAAAUCUUCUUUAAAGCAAAAGUCCUCCCUGGGCAGCUAUCCAUGGAGACAGAUCCGCAGCCCUGACCAAGGGGAGAAAGUUCCUAAAGACCUGUUCCACCAAUUCUGCUUCUGCAUUGCGAAUCCCGUCCGCUUUCCAUUGGAAAACCGCUUCGGCACUUAUGAUCACUUUACUAAACCUAGUGUUAAAAAAGGAAGAAAAAAGAAACCGAAAAAAGAAACGUGUAGGCAAAUGUAAGAUACAUGCUCUCUGUAAGAUAAAAAUUUGCCUUUUUUUUUCUAAAAGGUGUAUGUAUUCUGUAUGUGAAAUUGUCUGUAGAGAGUUUCUAUGUUCUUAAAUGGCAAUACAUUCCAAAAAUCGUACUGUAGAUAUGUACAGCAACCACACUGGGAUGGGGUAGUUUUGCCUGUAAUUUUAUUUAAACUCCAGUUUCUCCACUUGCAUCUUGCAAUGUUGGUAUGGUAUAUAUCAGUGCAAAAGAAAAAACAAUAUCUCAACAAAAAAUCUUGCAGGUCUAAAGCACAGAGUCUGAUGUACAAAAGGAAAAAACUGCUCAGUAUUGAUGUGUGUGACCUUUGUUGUAAAUUACACCUGUACUGUGAAUGAGAAGUUUUUACAAGUAUAAUAAUUGCCUUUAUUACAGCUCUGGCUGAGUGUUCAGCCUGAGGAUAUUUUUUAAAAAAAACAGCACGUUGGAAUAAAUUUGA